AGAAAUUACGGGCGAGCGCGCGAGGAGGUUCGAAACGCCGCCAUGAGUGAAGCAGAUGCAACGGUGAUGGAAGUCGAAGGUGGAGGUGAGGGAGAGACAUUCGAGGUGGGGAAGACAUACGCGGUCACGCUGUUCACCGGAAUCGAGUUCAACGGGAUCGUCUUGGCUUAUGAUUCUAAUCCAAACUUCGUCAUUUUCCAUAUCCUCUCGAUGUUACUCGCAGCGCGUAACGGAACGAAGCCUGAAACUGGGAAAUCGAUGACCACACGGAUGGUGAAUGCGAAAUUCAUAACGAAGCUCAAGUUUCUGGGGAAAGUCAAGGAUCCGCUCGCGUCUAAAAAGCGUUUGGUUGAUCUUGAUGGACUACUAGCGAAAGAGGGAGACGCGAUUAGGGAGAUCGAGAAGAUUGGUGUUGGAGUUACCGCGGAGGCGCAGAGCAUCUUCGACGCGUUGUCUAAGUCGUUUGCUGUACAUUGGGAAAACACAGACAUUGUGGUAAUGAGAGAAGUGCGUGUUUGUAGCCCUUACCACCAUUCUGAUUGUGUCACUGGAGGAACAAAUGCCGCCAAGCAACGAGUCAAGAGAGCGGUAACUGAAGGUGGAGAGAGAGAAGUUGAAACUCAGUGGCACAUGAGGCAACUGAUAGAAAGGAAAUCGCUGGUGGAAUCUGAAUUCUUCCUAGAUCCUUACCAUAGCAACCCCAAUUGGUCGAUCCUCUACGGAGACCAUGGAUCGAUACAUUCUGGUUUGGAGGAACUGAAACUGGAUUUACCAGGUAAUACUUCUUUUGCGAGUUACUUUACUCAAAACAAGAUCAAGAAGAUUAGGGUUGUGGCUUGCACUGAUGGAUUGGUUUUGCUGCGACUCGAACCCGAUGACGAUGAGGACAGGAUGGCACGUUACUACGUUGGAAAUCCUAUGCUGCGACAGUUGAUUCAACUCCCUCCUCCUCCUUCUCUUCCUAGAAGGGAUUUGCCACGCCGUUAUGGUUUCUACGAUUCGGGCCUUGUGACACGAAAGCACAAUAGUACCCUCUUAGGUUACAAGGUGGUUCGGGUAGAUGGUGAAGCACUGAAGUUGGGUCUUUCUCAAACCUGGAGCUUUGAGAUCUUUUCAUCGGAUUCGGGUGAAUGGGAUGUCGUAAAAGUCUCUUGUCCUGGUGAUGGUGUUGUUAUGCUCAGCACAUACAGUCCGGUUUCUGUGAAUGGGAAACUUCACUGGCUUGAUCACACGGGCCGUAUUAUUGUCCAUGAUUUCUUCUCUCGUGAUGAUCAAGUUCGAGCCAUAAGCCUACCCGCCAGGAUGCAAGACAAUCUGUGGUUUCCAGGUGCGUUAAAGGUUUUUGCUCCUCUCCAUGCGGUAAGGUGGUCUGCACCACCUCGCAAGGAUCUUUUGUGCUUAUUGAUGCCUGGACUGAUGAAAGAUGUCAACAAGAGCUAUACCGUUAGGAUCUGGAGGCUCAAGUGUGAUUCUUGGAGCUUCGAAAAGGCACGGGAGAUCAACAUGGCCUGUGUAGGGGUUGGCCGUAGCUGUGUUCCAGUGGCAAUCAACGUUUUUGAUGUCGACAUCAUCUACCUAUGGGACUUUUACAGCAAAUGCUUCCUCGCUUGUAACCUUCGGACAAAUACAAAAUCUUAUGGAGCUCGUAAAGUUGGUACUUUUGUCCCCGAUGACCGCACUAUUCCAGACCCUUUUGAAGAUCAUAGAUAUGGUUUCGUAUACAAGGAAGAUACUUUAUGCUUCGAGCCACGUUUCUGCCUUUCCCAGUUUGUUCCGUCCUCGCAAGCCGUGCCUACGUAG